AUGCUCAGGAGCUUCUGUCUCCAGCUCAUGUCCUUGGUUUGGAUUCUCUUGGCCCAUCACCAGCUUGCCCAAGGUGAUGACUGCAGUGAGCGCUGUAAUCUCGCCCACGGCUGCUGUGACCAGGAUGGAAAGUGCAGGUGCGAUCCAGGCUGGGAGGGGGAGUACUGCGAGGAGUGCGUGCGUAUGCCGGGGUGUCUCCACGGAACGUGCCACCAGCCUUGGCAGUGCAUCUGUCACACUGGCUGGGCUGGCAAGUUCUGUGACAAAGACAUACACAUCUGUGAACACCAGUCCCCAUGUCAGAACGGAGCUCAGUGUAUCUACGAUCGAGAUGGGGAAUAUUCCUGCCUGUGUCCAGAAGGCUUCCAUGGGAAGGACUGUGAGAUGAAGACAGGGCCUUGUGAGAAGGCAGGGUCUCCGUGCAAGAACGGGGGGCAGUGUCAAGACGAUUUUUUUUUCCUCCCCUGCCGGUGCCUCGCUGGCUUUGUGGGGGCUCUCUGUGAGAAUGACGUGGAUGACUGCCUGAUGCGUCCCUGUGCCAAUGGUGCCACCUGCCACGAUGGGAUCAACCGCUUCUCCUGCCAGUGCCAGGUAGGCUUUGAAGGGCGUUUCUGCACCAUCAACAUCAAUGACUGCGCCAGCCAGCCAUGCAAAAACGGGGCAAAGUGCUAUGACCGCGUCAAUGACUAUGACUGUUUGUGUCCUGACCGUUUCACUGGGAAAACCUGCGAGAUCUCCGUCCCCGAGCCCACCUGGGCUGCUCCCUACCACCCUGUGGACCAUGAGAAUGGUGGGAGUGUGAAAAGCACCACCAGCGAGAUGCCAGGGGUGACACAGCCAGAGCCUGUCAGGACCGUGGUCACGGGGCGGCGUGUGGCCAACCACAGUGAGAAAGAGCCGGGGGGGGGGUUGUUGAAAAUCUCCGUGAAGGAGGUGGUGACCCAAAGGGACUCCGGGCUGAGUGAAGCCCAGCUGGUGACAGUGCUGGUGUUCGGGGUGCUGACAGCAGUGCUGGUCCUCAUCACCGUCCUGCUAAUGCUGAGGAACUGGCAGAGAGGCCGUCAGAGGUCAAACUGGUGCCAAAGCCCUUCUCAGGCUUCAAGGAAGCUCCAAGACCAGGAAUGUCAGGUGGGCAUGCUCAACACUGUCCUGAUCGAGCCCAGGAAGACGACAGAGCUGUAA